AUGCAUGCACUUCUACGGGACUCGCUUCUGAGGAAUUCGACAACGUACGUUGACAACUUGAAGAACGUAGAAGAAGUGCUAGCAUUCCUCCAAGACUCUGUACUCAGUAGAGAAGAGAUAACCCUUAUAAAGUCAAUCCCCAGGACUGAAGACAAGGUAAAGGUGCUGCUAGAAAUCCUGGUCAGCAAGGAUGACCAAGCUUUCUACGUUUUCCGCGACGCCCUCAGAAAAACUGGGUUCGGGCACUUGGAGGAUUUGCUUGACGACGGCGCCACGGGGUUUACAGGGCCAGGAGCACGGGGGAAACAUCGAGUCAAGCGACUGUCCCCUCUGCAGACAAGCAAUGUCACACCCAGGAGACCUCACGGGGCCUUUAUGAGCAAGAUCCCCCAACUGCCUGAUAUCACAGCGGUAAGGAAAGGUGGGGAGUUGGAGGAGAGACAUGUGCUGGGUUUGGAGAGACACGUGGAAAAUACAGGAGAUUUACGAAGAAAAUCAGAUUCAACCAGACGAACCAAGAAAAAAGCAGUCUCACCCCGAGAGGAAACGGGAACAUGGACAGACGGGGAGCAACGUCCGAACGAACGAGCAACCCAGAACGAUGAACUUCCUCAAAAAGAAUCCCCACGUAAAGCAAAAGAACGGCCACCUGAGUCUCAAUCGGAACAAUCUAUUGCGCCACCUAGCACAGAAGGUUCCGAACUGCCGGUCCCCCAACUGCAGUGUCUUCAGUUUUCAAUACUGAACGUUGAAAGAGUUUCUCCCCAAGCAAGCGAAGCCUCCGAAGAACUUGUAACAGAGACAGAUAAAAACGCCCCAUCCCCCACGUCCGAAUGUACUCUACCGGAAGAGGCUCAUCAUGAUUUCCAGACCCAAACAUCUUCAACACACGAAGAACAAGACAGCGACGAACUAAUCACAGCAAAGGACACAACCGACGAAACAACCACAGCUGUUUAUUCAGAAACUGCCCGACCGAGACGGGCGUACAGAUGCAAGUUAUCCCUGCACCUGAAAAGUCUUCAACAACACGGCCACAAGUCCAACGUCUCUCAAGCCGAGCAAGAUAGACUGAAGAAAGCAGGAGACCUCUUCACGACGGAGCUGAUGACCAUCUCACAGAGAUACAAAGACUUGGAAGCGGUCCUCAAGAAGUACGGAUCCACCCUCCAAACCGUAUCCAGGGGCAACCGAGCGAAUAGUGUGACGUGUCUUCUGCGGUUUCAGUCAGAGGGUGGUUUGGAGGGAUUCUGGCAGGCGUACCGGAAAGGGGCCGUUGCCAUGGAUAUGUCACGUGAUCUAGUUUCAGACGAUGUCUGCAAGGCGGCGAAGAGACUGAACUUUACCGUGGGAUGUCACAUGGUGGAGAAGGAAUACCAGAUGGGGAGGGCACACUUUCAAGGUGAUUGCCAGGGCCUACUGGACCCGACUCACUAUCCGACUUUUGAGAAGUACAUCGUGGAUUUCUUCCAGGGAGGUGACGGCAGCACCCUGCACGCUCCUUUCCGCACCAGCUCGCUCCUCUCCUGUCUGCUACAGGACAAGUACUUCUGGGCCUUCGUAUGCUCCUACUGGAAGGACUGCAGGCAGCCUCCAGCGACCCUGACGGACUUCGUGCUGUACUGUGUGGAGGACGGGUCGAACCUCUCACGGGAAAACGAUGGUGAAACUGCUAUCCAGUUUUACAAGGUCCUCCACGACAACUUGGCAAAGUUGUCAGGCAUCGGCGAAGUAAACAUGCAAUUCAGCACAACAAUCAAGUCAAGAUCUUCGUUGGUACGAACUGAUGGGCCUUUCCCUAACUUAGACCUACUCCUGUUCAUGAACCACCUUAAGGUGCUAGUCUUACAGAAUCAAAGACUGUCAGAUGCUGACGUAGGGACGCUUUCGCAGCGGUUGAUAUGUUUAGAUCUUCUAGAAGAACUGGACCUCACCAACAAUGGUUUGAACGAUGCAAACAUAGUAGAGCUUACACGGGCUUUUCCCCACGUACGUAACCUCAAGGUUCUCAAGCUAACUGGAAACAAGACAACACCACCGGGUACGAAGCACCUGAUAGACGAACUCUCGUCUUUGCAGCAUCUAGAAAAGACAGACUUUCGAGUAUUAAACCUCUCAGGUGUUCAUGUGUCGCCCGAGGACGUCACGAAAAUGUCCCACGUGUUUCGCACCAUGAGAAACCUAACAUCGGUGGAUCUAAGCGCCUGUGGGCUAGAAGAAGACUCCGCACUGACGAUCGCUGAAACUCUGAGAAAACUUUCUCACGUUCGUAACAUUAACAUUGCAGGGAAUCAGAUCACAGACAAAGGUAUGUCUGCGAUUUUCAGGCAACUACGUCACAUGAAAGCUUUGGGUAGAGUGGACGUGAGUUCAAACAAGAUGACCACUGCCUGUCUCGCUCUUCUAGCUGACCACAUCGGUUCCUUCCAUGAACUAAAGGAGUUGAUACUUCUCGGUGUUCAAACGGAGACAGACUCUGUGUCUGAGACUCUUCAGCUUGUGCUGGGAUUUAUUAACAGCUUAGAAGGGUCAAUGGGAAGCGGAGGAGAUGCGGAUUCUUUGUUUGACAAGAUCUUGAAUGAGGAUAUGGACGACGAAGUUUUAGAAAGUAACAUCAAAGAAUCACUGAUAAAAUCUGAACCGAUAGUUAUCUGGACGGGUGACUUGUCCGUACAUCUCGGCAUCAUUAUGUGA